CCUCAAUUGUCCAUCCCUAUCGGAGCUGAUGCCAGCUGUAUCGAUACAGCUUGGGAGUCCGUCAUCAAAGGGGGAUGUUCGAUCAGCUGCGGUCCGCCACUCUACUGUUGAAGUUUCUGCGAAAGUUUCGAACCCGCUGCUGAAUCGUCUUUGGAGUAUGCUGACUGAGCAUAACGGACAGCUCGCUGAUAUAUGGAUAUAUUGUGUAGACUAUGUGGGCUCGCGGUCAAGCGUGCUGCCAGCUCAUAGGUGUAUUCUAGCCGCUGGUUGUCCUAACCUUAUGAGGAAGAUAAAUCCUCGACGGACUAGUAGUUGCGCUACUGCGGAUACGAGCUGUGAAAAAAUGGAAAAAAAAGGAAAAAAAAUUGAAGAAUCUAUAGAAGUGCGGCGCCUCGAUUUUACGGAUGUUGCUCCGACUUGGGCCGUAUCUUGCUUGCUGAGGUAUAUCUAUGGUCAGAGAGUUGAGGUAGACGUUGAGAAGUUGAACGUGUUAUAUAUGCUUGCUGAGGAGAUGGGAUGUGAAGGCUUGGAAAAAGCUUGUCGAGAAAAAAUGAUCGAUUUCGGGGAAAGAUUGGUUGAUGCACAGCUGAGAGCUGAUGUCGAUAUGGUCGGAAAGUGGCAGAAAACGCCCGAAUUCGACAACGGCGAUACUUUGCACGCAUGCGCAUGGGAAGAUUCUCCCGCAGGCGUACAGCCGGGAUUGACAUCAGCUUCCUCGGAUCAGCUUUAUGAUGAUGAAGACUCUCAAGAUAGUGUGGUUCGGGCAUUGAAGGAUCCGGGUGGGGAUUGGAAAUUUCGUGGCGCGGUGACGGAAGGCGCUGUGUUGAAGAAGGAGAAUUCGAAAAGCUCCAGUACUGGUAGCUUCCUAGAUAUGAUCCGACAUUCUGGUUCGUUACCUCAGCUCGAUCGUGGCCGUAUGAUCGAUACGCCGGGAGCUUUUGAAAAAAAGUAUGAGUUGAUCUCGAUAGAAGAGGGCGGAAUUUUGGGAGAGGGAAUGAACGGCGCGGUGCGGCUCGCAAAGGACAGAUUUUCCGGCGACCGGGUCGCAGUGAAAAGUUUGAGCCUUGUGAAUAUCAGCUCGGCCCAAAGAGAUAUGCUUUAUGACGAGAUUAACAUCUAUUUGCCGCUAUCGCAUCCUAAUAUAGUUCGCUUGGAAGAGGUAUACGAAGAACCGGGGGAGAAAAUUAUAUUAGUAAUGGAAGCGUGUACAGGGGGUGAAUUGUAUGAGCGCCUCGCUAAACUGAAUCGUUAUAGUGAACGCGACGCGGCGAAGAUCCUCCGGCAUAUCCUCUAUGCUGUGAGUUACCUUCACUCCCUCAAUAUUUGCCAUCGCGAUAUCAAAUUGGAAAAUUUUGUAUACACGGAUGAUACUGCAGAUUGUCGAUUGAAGUUAUGCGAUUUCGGUUUUGGUACGAUUGUCCGUCGAGAAGAGGAUUCCUUGACGGCCUCGAUGGGCUCGGUGCAUUACAUUGCGCCAGAGGUUCUCGAAGGAAAAUAUGGUCUUCAAUGCGACAUGUGGUCAGUUGGAGUGAUCUUGUAUAUGCUGCUUAGUGGCACUCCGCCGUUUGAUGGUGCCAACGAUGGCGAAAUCAGUGAUGCUGUUCGCCAUGCGCCGCUGAAGCUGACUGGGUCGCGAUGGGACUGCAUUUCGCGGAGUGCGAAAGAUUUGGUACGAAAAUUAAUUUGCCGAAAUCCGUCAGAGAGAUUGACCGCGACGGAAGCGCUGAAGCACGAAUGGUGUGGAAGCACGGAUAUUCUGAAGUUGAAUACCGCGCCCAACGAAAUCGAUACGGAUGUUCUUCGGAAGAUGCACGCCUUUGCAAGAUGCUCUGCAAUUCAAAGGGCUGCGCUCGGAUUGCUGGCACAGAAACGGGGAGAUGAUUUUGUUGGUAUCGACGAGAAUCUAAAAUUGAUGGAAGAAACAUUCAUGAGAAUGGAUACCAAUGAUGAUGGAGUCAUAACUCUCCCUGAAUUCGAAGCCGCUGUGCGUUUGCAUGUGGGUAUGAGCGAAUACGAAGCGGAAAAGAUAUUUGGGGAGAUUAGCAGUUGCGGUUCGACGGCAGCUCAAGCGGAACCUGUUAUCCGUUAUAGAGACUUCCUGGCUGCUACUAUUUAUUCAUCGCGAAAUAGAGACUCUAAACGAGAUGAUACGCCUGGAUCGAUCAGUCGUCCUCGAGGCGAGAGCGCGAUGGUUUGGCGGUGGAACUCUGAAGAUAUUCAAAGUGCAUACGAAGCCUUCGAUGCUGGCAGGAAAGGAUAUGUGACGAAAGAAGAUCUUUUGAGCAUUUUAGCAUGCAGUGCGCGAGAGCUCGAGCGUGUCUUCGAGGCUGCGGGUUUCGAUGCGGAACGAACGCACCGCGUAGAUUUAGACGGUUUCUCGAAGUAA